AUGGCCGAAGAACCCCCGACAAAGAGGAAGUGCCUCGGGGUUGACUGCGAAAACGAGGCGAGCUCCCUACAGUGCCCGAAGUGUCUCAGUAUCGGCGUCAAGGACAGCUUUUUCUGCUCCCAAGACUGCUUCAAGAAAAAUUGGGCCACGCACAAGAAGACACAUGCGCAAGAGAACAAAACCGGCUACUACAACCCGUUCCCGACCUUCAACUUCACCGGACCCCUGCGGCCGGUUUACCCCCUCUCCGAGAAGCGCGAAGUGCCCAAGUCGAUACCGCACCCCGAUUAUGCCGAGGAUGGCAUCCCCAAGCUUGGGCGAUCAAUCGUCCGGUCCAACAAGUUUCAGCAACUCGACGCCAAGGCCCAGGACGGCAUGCGCAAGGUCUGCCGGCUGGCAAGAGAGGUGUUGGACAUUGCGGCUGCCGCGAUCCGGCCAGGCAUUACGACGGACGAGAUCGACGAGAUUGUACACAAGGCUUGCGUGGAGCGAAACUCUUACCCGUCACCCCUGAACUACAACCACUUCCCCAAGUCCGUCUGUACUUCCGUGAACGAGGUCAUCUGCCACGGGAUACCUGACAAGCGCAUUUUGCUCGAUGGGGACAUUGUCAACCUGGACGUCACGCUGUACCACGAAGGCUACCACGGCGACCUAAACGAGACGUACUACGUUGGCGAUCGAGCGAAGGCUGAUCCCGACACAGUCCGCGUUACAGAGACGGCGCGAGAGUGUCUUGAAGAAGCCAUCAAGCUGGUAAAGCCGGGGACACUGAUCCGUGAGUUCGGCAACGUCAUCGAGGCCCACGCCAAGUCCAAGAACUGCAGCGUCAUCCGCACCUAUGUCGGUCAUGGCAUCAACAGCAUCUUCCACUGCCCGCCCAACAUCCCACAUUACGCCAAGAACAAGGCUGUUGGCGAAUGCAAGCCAGGCAUGACCUUCACCAUCGAGCCCAUGAUUGCGCUGGGCAAGUACAGGGAUGUCACCUGGCCGGACAACUGGACAAGCACGACAGUUGACGGGAAGAAGACGGCGCAGUUUGAGCACACCCUUCUAGUGACGGAGACAGGCGUGGAAAUCUUGACAGCACGGAAGGAAGAUUCUCCUGGCGGACCGAUCCCUAUGCCAUGUUGCAGUUUACAGCAAGAUCUUUGUCUUUCCUGUCGCCGGCGCAUUCCGAUGAUAAACUGCCUGGUGUUUUAG